ACGCGGGAGACAGACAGAGAGAGAGAGAGAGAGAGAGAGAGAGAGAGGUGUGAAAGGUGGUGGUGGGAUGAAGUUAGAGAUUUUCGCCCUCCGCACCUCCUACGAGGAAAAGACUUCAAACGACCUGGAAGGCGCCGGCGGCAGCCGUGGCCCGUCGUCUCCCCUCUCGGUUGGGGGCGAGGAUGACCUGGGCUCGGAUGAGGAUUGCGCAGCCAACAGCCCGUCCUGCAGCAGCCUAACAGGGGAGCUGGCGACCGACUGCAGCCACAGCAGCAGCAGCAGCGGGGGCGAAGGGAGCGAGAGCGGCUGCUCCGGGGAAGAUCCCUCUUUGACAGCCUCAGCCUCGCAAGGCGCUUCCACUGAGACAGGAGGUAACUCCAGCGGGAGCAGCAGCAGCGGUUGCAACCCCAGCGGCGGCUGCAACCCCAGCGGCAGCAAUUGCGAGGGAGGGGGCGGGCGGGGCAAGCCCUACACCCGGCGACCAAAGCCCCCUUACUCUUACAUCGCGCUCAUCGCCAUGGCCAUUCGCGACUCAGCCGGGGGUCGCCUGACCCUAGCCGAGAUCAACGAGUAUCUCAUGGGCAAGUUCCCUUUCUUCCGCGGCAGCUACACGGGAUGGCGCAACUCGGUGCGGCACAACCUCUCGCUCAAUGAUUGCUUUGUCAAGGUGCUCCGCGAUCCCUCCCGCCCCUGGGGCAAGGACAACUACUGGAUGCUCAACCCCAAUAGCGAGUACACCUUCGCCGACGGGGUCUUCCGCCGCCGCCGCAAGAGGCUCAGCCACAAGGCAGCGGCGCCCCCGUCUUUGCAGCCCGAGGAGAGCGCUCCAGGAGCGGCGGCUGCAGCCGCUGCUGCAGCUGUGGCAGUGGCUCACCCGGCCGGCGCCGCCCGCCUGCUGCUGCCGCCGCCUCCACCUCCUCCCCCUCCUCCUCCCCUGACCUCUGUGGGCCGUGUCCCCGGCGGCGGCGGAGGUGCAGUGCCCUCUUCUUCCACCUCCUCCUCUUCCCUGUCUCCGUCCUCCUGCUCCCCGGGCUGCAAGGAGGAAAACACGAGCCCUGCGCGCAAGUUCUCCAGCUCCUUUGCCAUCGACAGCAUCCUCAACAAGCCCUUCCGCCGCCGCGGAGACCAGGGCGCAGAGACUCGGUCCUACCCCCAGCCCGCGAGGCUGCUGUGGUCCGCCGCCGCCGCCGGCGCUUCCUCCUUACCCGGCGCUGCUGGAUACCCGACCUUAACCGCCUUCCCUCCGGCCCCACACUCCCAACAGCAGUCCCCCCUGUUCCCCAGGGGGGGUGCGCGGGCGGCCAUCGCAGGAGGGACCCUCUUGCAGCUGUACGCAUAUGGAAUGGGCGAGCCUGUUCUCCUGGAGACUCAGAGAAGGGAGACGCCGCUGGCUCUGGCUUCUGAGCCUCGUGCAGAGCAGCCCCAAGCGCCGCAGCUUUUCCUCUCGCCUUCCUUCUCCGCCUCGGCCCCUGCCAAGGCUUUCCGAAGUCCGCUGGUUGCGGGCAGUUCGCAGUUGUACUGCCCCCUCCGAUUAUCCGAAGCCUUACAAGCAGCCUCGGGAUGCGGCCCCAGCACUUACCAACCUUACCCCAUGGAGACUCUUCUCGCCUAAAUGGGAAAAUGUGGGGUGAGAAAAGGUGGUGGUAUUUGGGCUGGAGAAUGGAAAAGGGAGGAGAAGAGAGAAAAUUCGGUCUCUUGGUUCUACCCAGAGACUUAAAAAAGAAAAUCCAAAUUUCACGUGCCUUAAAACCAGAUGCAUUUUCAAAAGAUGUUUUAACUUAAUUAGUCCAAAAAAGUUUUAUUUUGUCUUUUAAUGGACCAAAGCGAUUCUUAAUCAUUGUUUGAAAACUACUUGACUAAGACUUUUCCUCUCUUCUUUACCAAGAAACCCUUCAUCCCUAAACCCUCUGCCCUUAACACUUUUCCCUUAAUUCUUCCUAGGCAAAAGAAAUUUGCAGCUUGAUCAGGGAACAAUUCCACAAGAUAUAUUAUGAGACUACUGUUUGGGGCAUACUGGACCCCACUCUGUGUGUGUAUGGUUGCAUUUGCUGAUGUGUUUGAGUGUGAGAGUGUCAGAGUUUUUAGGUCAGUUCUCUGCUAUAAACCAAUGCAUCACUGUGCCAAAAGAGAGAGAAAACUGCAUAAUUCUAACUGAAUUUGUUGAUGGAUUUUUUCUAGUUAAAUUAUUUAUAUUGAAAAAACCCUUUUGAAUUGAAAAUGUUGCAGGCAACGGGCUACAGCCUUAUCUGUGGUUCAGUGAUAUUUAACUGUGGCCCUUUAGGACUAAACAGUUCCUUACAAAAUUAGCAUUAUAAAUUAUGUUAAGUGCCAGGAUCACUGCCACUGGAAAGCAGAUGUGAUUUUUAUUUUUAUUUUUAAUGUUAUUUUAUUUGUAUCUGUGUGUAUACACUGUGUAAAUUUUAUAAAA